AUGAAUCCUGAAGCUCAAAAUCGCCAGCGUUGCCGAAGUGACGACAACCGCUCAGCAUGCAACAGAUGCCAGAUCGCCGGACGGAAAUGCAUUCGCUCGCGACCCAAGCUCAAAUUCCUCAACAGCACGAGCGCUGAAUACGGGUAUGCCUCGGGGAGACAAAAGCAGCGCAGUCCAUCCACAACAGACGUAUCGUUCGAAUACGUCGACGAAACCCCCGCCGUGGCAGCUCUAUACCAGCAUGAAUCUACUCCAUCCGCAAACCAUCCAACCACACCACACGCCUUCACCAGCUCUACGACAACAACAACACCUCUUGUCACAUGGAUCACAUCAUCUCCUGAAACGUUUCCCAAUACCUCACCCACAACCUGGAGUCCACCCAUCCAGACCCCGCAAGCCCAUCUCACGCUAGAAGAAGCAUGCUUGCUGCGCUACUUUUCCGAAACACUAGCUAAAUGGUUCGACAUCGGCGACCCAUCCCAAUGCUUCACCACAAUCGUCCCCCAACGUGCUCGAACCAGUCCCCCUCUCCUGGACGCCCUCCUCUCCGCCUCAGCCCGCCACUUCAGCACCCUCCCGCACCGCCAACAAUUGCAUAUCACCCGCCGGUAUGGUCUCCCUCAGGGCCUGACCAUUGAUGAACCCUCCACUCUGCAUUACCAUAAUCGAUGCAUCGCGCAUCUCCGCUCCGUGAGUACGGAGCCGAAUGCUAUUUUGGAUGAGAAUCUCCUCGCUGCGGUGGUGACGUUGAAGUUUUAUGAAGAGCUUGAUACACCCUUCCACCCCCACCCUACGACAACCGCUAUUCGCGGCUUGCAGGUGUUUCUGGAAGCGCAGGCCCGUCCGACUAUUAUGGGUAGUUCUACUUCGUGGGGUCUGCGGCAGAGCGCCUUCUGGGUAGGCGUGCGCCAGGAAUUCCACAUGGCGUUUACGCAGCAGCGCCCGUUCCGCAUUCCGCUGGAUAUAUUGGACUUGUAUCCUGCUCCGGGGGCUACGUCGGCGGACUAUGAGUGGGUGAAUGCGCUGUUGAUACUAGCUGCGCAUGUGAUCCAAUUCUGUUUUGAUGAGGGGGCAUCGCGGAGUGUUGUGACGUAUCGGGAGUUAGUGCGGAAGAGGGAUGACUGGGUAAGAACGUGUCCAGGGUCUUUUGAAGCGGUUUACUCCGACGAUGGGGACGGGGGAGGAUUCCCGAAUAGAUGGUAUCUGGAUGGAUGUCAGAUUGUGGCGGCGCAGAGUUUGGGGUUUAUUCGCAUUCUGCUGGCGACGUAUAAUCCUUCGUUGUUGGGGGUGAGGAUGGGCAGGAUAACGAUGGCGACGGAGAAGGAGGUCAAGGAGGCCGUGUGGGAGGUCUGCGGAGUGGCAAUGUCGAAUCGGCAGUCGCCGGCGGGGAUGGUGAUUGCGUCGUUUGCUGUGGUGCGCUGGGAAGUUUGA